AUGCGUGUCCUGGAUCUUUCCCUCGUGUCUGAAGCGAUUUCCUUCCAGAGCCUCAACCAGACGAUUCGCCAGCUGCCUGAGCUGCGCGAGCUUUACCUCCCGCGCUGCAACUCGUCCUACGAAGCAAAGGAGAGCGCCAUGAACGUCCGCUGGCCGCCAAUUCUCCAGCACCUCAGUCUAUCGGGGAGUGUCAGCGGCCAGUUCCUGUGGGAUAUGUUGCGCAGCCCGGACAACUUCCCGCCCACGCUCGCAAGCAUUAGUAUCCUGCAUUGUCCGGGCCUCGAUCACAAGGGCGUGAGGCCGCUGCUGCAGAAUCUCGCGAGUGCGCUGACGGUCGUGGAACUCCGCGACUUACCCGCUGUCAAACACGGGAGGUUCAACGGCGUGUUGGACUGGUGUCCGAACCUGCAUAGUCUGAGCGUCGCGCUGGAUUACAUCGACGCGAGAUUCGGUAAUGUCCCAGACGAUUGGAAUGCGGGGCGCUGGAGAGAAGCGAAACCCCUUCAGACACUCACGCUCGUGAGUUCGGGCCAGACGAGCAUCGAUCCGAAUCGCAGCUUCACGGCCGUUGAGCUGUGGGCGCUGCUUGACGAGCGGUACCUCGGCCGCUUGCGCUACUUGCAUAUUGCGCAGAGUACGGAGUGGCAUUUGGGGGACGAGGGGGCCGAGGUGGGCGCGCUGGAGUUGCUGUUGACGGAUCAGUUGGACAAGGAGAGUUGGGAACUGCGGCGGUGGCAUUAUGCUGAUUUGCCACCUGUGCGUGAGGGCAUGACGUAUGAGAGAUGGAUCAGGGAGACGAGCAUGGGGCAGAGGAUGAGGCCGCAUGUGAGGAUGCUGAGGAAUCGGUGA